AUGGCAGAUAGUAGCUUGCAAGUACGCGCUCAUGACUCUGACGAUGAUCUCGACGACAUUCUCAAAGAUGUCACAAAUCCCGAAGAGCCCAUUCAAUCGACGGAGAACCCAACGCAGCCACAGUACCGAAAGAACAACAAAAGCGACAAUGCCGGCGCCCUAGGCGUCGAUGAAGAGAUCGUCAUCACGAAGAAGCGCAUUCCUAUUCCGAAGCUCGACGACCAAAGACUGCUGUCCGAUCCUGGCAUUCCCCGCCUACGCAAGAUCUCAAAAGAGCGCCUUCGCUUCAAAGGCAAAGGCCACGAGUAUGGAGACAUCGCUCGCAUGCUGAACAUGUAUCAAUUGUGGCUCGACGACCUCUACCCCCGCGCUAAGUUUGCAGACGCCCUGGCCAUCAUCGAAAAGGUUGGACAUACAAAGCGCAUGCACAUGAUGCGGAAAGACUGGAUCGAUGAAGGCAAACCACGUCGCAACACAGGACACGACGACGCCGACGAAGACGACGCAACUCGGGAGAAGACUCCACAACAAAGCACCGAGGAGAUGGAGGGCGUAGAGCAUGUUGGGCAAGACAGCCCGAGCCGACAAGGAGAGUGGGAGGAUCCUACUUCCAAUUCAGCAGAUCAUGCGGCAGAAGCAGUAGCAAGCGGCGACCCCGACGACGACGAAUUAGAUGCGUUGUUGGCUGAAAGCAACCAACCUAGUACCACCGUACCAAAGACACUCCCAACGCGACCCGCGCCUACACAAGACGAUCCUUUUGCGGACGAGAUGGAAGCGAUGGCGGAUAUGGACGACUUGUGGGAUUGA